CUACAGAGUGGGGUUGGUUGGCGGGCCGUAUGCUUGUUUGCCACCGACGUUUUUUGCUACCACGUCGGUGGCAAACAAGCAUACGUCCAGCCUGAUGGUAAGCAGUCACCGUAGCCUAUAGACAACUCCAGGUAAGUUAUAUGCGCGUAUCCGACCCUUUCAAAACUUGUACUCCUUUUUUGAAGAACCCCAUACUGUAGCCCCUCGAGAAAACUUCUAAAGGGAUCUCGUACAAAGCAGUGUGAGAGUAUAGUGAUUUGAGCAUCAAUACGAAAUUACGAAUUACCAGCGUGAAUAGAGCUAGAGAAGAUGCAAAGAGCACGUGCAUGCUGAAGCAUUCAUUGCGCAAGUCACAUGCCAGGCACACACCGAUAUACAAGAACUCGCGAGCAACUUGUGUAUGUAGCUUCAGCAUGCUGUCGCCGUCCAUUUGAACUUGCGCGGGUUACAUACGCCAUGUGAAACAGCCAGAUAGGUGCGUUCGUUUAGCGCUUUUACAUUGGUAGCACCGGUCAACUGUCAAUGUCAAUCCGGUAUAUUUACUUUAUUAUAACCUGUUUUCAAAUAAUAUAUAUUUUGGUUUUCGCCUUUCGUUGUUAAUUUAUUUAGCUAGACGGUAUUUUUUUAACUCAUGUAAACUUCUUGUCAACCGUUCACGUACAGCGGGUUUCGAGAGAAUACAACUAGUGUGUCAAUUGGUAGAAGAAGACAGAAGUGUUUCAGUCAAAUAACUUUUUACCUAGAUUGUAAACCAAAUGCAAUAUGCAAGAAGUAGCAGUUUUCGUUUGCAGUUUUUGCAAUGAUACGUUCGAUUGUAAAGAUGAUAUCGCAUGCCAUAUACUAAACACUCACAAUAGUAAUAAAGCUGUUAAAAGGUUAAGACAGCAGCUAACAAAACUAAGCACCAAGUCACCUAAGCUAAAACCUAGUAAACCAUGUCAAAAACAAGAGAAACCUGGCUCAAGUCCUAAGGUGAAGAACCUUGUAAAAGAAUUUUACUGUGAUAUUUGCUACUAUAAAACUGUUCAUCUGUCUACAUACAAGAGGCAUUUGCUAAAACAUGAAAAAGAUGGAAGACAACACAAAUGCACAUAUUGUUCGUACUCUGCAGUACAGCCACAUAAUCUAAAAGUUCAUCUGAAAACUGUACAUCCAUUUGGUGCUGUGGAGCCUGUUAUAAUUGAUCAAAGUAAAGUUGAUAUUUCAUGGAUAUACUCAUAAAGGAAACAUCUUUUAAAUAAAACAAAAGAACUUUUAUAAA